AGGGCAACCGAACUCGCGGCUCUGCGCAGGCGCACAGGCUCCGCGCCGGGCUCGCCCGCCGGGCAGGCGCACGGCGGACACCUGCGAGCCUGGAGGUGGCGGUCGCUGCGAACCCGGCGGCGCGGCCAAACCUGUGCUGGCUGCCUGGGCCUUCUGGGCCUCCUGGGCCAGAAGCUGGCGCCGGGGGCGGCGGCGGGGUGGGAAAGCGGCGCCACCGUGGGGCCUCCUGGACGCGUCGGCAGAGGUGGCUUCGUCCCGCGGAGUCCAGGCUUCAGCUCCUGGCUUCUCCUCUUUCCUCCUAGAGAUCAGAUGUCGGAACUCCAGCUGAGGGCAUGUCUUACUGGGCACGCAGAUGUCCUCUCUUGAGAAGAACUGUCCAUACCAUGGUGGUGGCUUUCACCAGUUCUCAGGAUGCCCAUAGGGAUGGGUGAAGCCCGCCUGGCCUGUGGUGCUUCCCAGUGGCCGUCAUCUCAUUAGGACCCCACAGUGGCAUUAGGAUGCACCUCUCGGCGGUGUUCAACGCCCUCCUGGUGUCGGUGCUGGCAGCGGUCCUGUGGAAGCAUGUGCGGCUGCGUGAGCAUGCAGCCACACUGGAGGAGGAGCUGGCCCUCGGCCGACAGGCCACAGAGCCAGCCCCAGCACUGAGGAUCGACUACCCGAAGGCACUGCAGAUCCUGAUGGAGGGCGGCACACACAUGGUGUGCACAGGCCGCACGCACACAGACCGCAUCUGCCGCUUCAAGUGGCUCUGCUACUCCAACGAGGCUGAGGAGUUCAUCUUCUUCCAUGGCAACACCUCUGUCAUGCUGCCCAACCUGGGCUCCCGGCGCUUCCAGCCAGCCCUGCUCGACCUAUCCACCGUGGAGGACCACAACACUCAGUACUUCAACUUCGUGGAGCUGCCUGCUGCUGCCCUGCGCUUCAUGCCCAAGCCGGUGUUUGUGCCAGACGUGGCCCUCAUCGCCAACCGCUUCAACCCCGACAACCUCAUGCACGUCUUUCACGACGACCUGCUGCCACUCUUCUACACCCUGCGGCAGUUUCCUGGCCUGGCCCACGAGGCACGGCUCUUCUUCAUGGAGGGCUGGGGCGAGGGUGCACACUUCGACCUCUACAAGCUGCUCAGCCCCAAGCAGCCUCUCCUGCGGGCACAGCUGAAGACCCUGGGCCGGCUGCUGUGCUUCUCCCAUGCUUUUGUGGGCCUCUCCAAGAUCACUACCUGGUACCAGUAUGGCUUUGUGCAGCCCCAGGGCCCGAAGGCCAACAUCCUCGUCUCAGGCAAUGAGAUCCGGCAGUUUGCACGGUUCAUGACAGAAAAGCUGAACGUGAGCCACACAGGAGUCCCCCUAGGCGAGGAGUACAUUCUGGUCUUUAGCCGAACCCAGAACAGACUCAUUCUGAAUGAGGCAGAGCUGCUGCUGGCACUGGCCCAGGAGUUCCAGAUGAAGACAGUGACAGUGUCCCUGGAGGACCACGCCUUUGCUGAUGUCGUGCGGCUGGUCAGCAAUGCCUCCAUGCUGGUCAGCAUGCAUGGGGCCCAGCUGGUCACCACCCUCUUCCUGCCCCGUGGGGCAACUGUGGUAGAGCUCUUCCCAUAUGCUGUCAAUCCCGACCACUACACUCCCUAUAAGACGCUGGCCAUGCUGCCUGGCAUGGACCUCCAGUAUGUAGCCUGGCGGAACAUGAUGCCAGAGAACACAGUCACACACCCUGAGCGGCCCUGGGAUCAGGGGGGCAUCACCCAUCUGGACCGGGCUGAGCAAGCCCGUAUCCUGCAAAGCCGUGAGGUCCCACGGCAUCUCUGUUGCCGGAACCCCGAGUGGCUCUUCCGAAUCUACCAGGACACCAAGGUGGACAUCCCGUCCCUCAUUCAAACCAUACGGCGCAUGGUGAAGGGCCGGCCAGGACCACGGAAGCAGAAGUGGACAGUCGGCCUAUAUCCAGGCAAGGUGCGGGAGGCACGGUGCCAGGCGUCAGUGCAUGGCGCCUCCGAGGCCCGCCUCACUGUCUCCUGGCAGAUCCCAUGGAACCUUAAAUACCUGAAGGUGAGGGAGGUGAAGUACGAGGUGUGGCUGCAGGAGCAGGGGGAGAACACCUACGUGCCUUACAUCCUGGCUCUGCAGAACCACACCUUCACUGAGAACAUCAAGCCCUUCACCACCUACCUGGUGUGGGUCCGCUGCAUCUUCAACAAGAUCCUCCUGGGACCCUUUGCAGAUGUGCUGGUGUGCAACACGUAGCAAGCAGGCCACAGCCUGGCCUCAGGAAGGUGGCUCCUGCAGUUCAGCGUCCCUGGGCCCAUUAAUCCCACUGUGGAGACUUCUGGGAACUAUUUAUUGAGCAGGCCUGUGCCUCCACAUCAUCUUGUUGUCUCUGGGGUGUGGUGUCACAGCACUCCUCUUUGCCCUAGAGAUAAGGGACCUGACUUCCCCUUCUCCCAUCCUGAACAUUUUUACCCCUGGAGAAGUUCCUUAGCAGGGAGGAGGAAGAGGAGAGGAGGAAGCAAAGAAUCACAAGGAACCUCUGGCUAGGUGAUCCUGAUGUUUCCUACUGAGUUUUUCUGGUAUCCAGAUUUCUGGAAACCGAGUAAUCAUGUACUGUUUGAUUGGGUGGUUCAUCUGCUUCCAUCCCAGUGAAAUUUACCUGUAGCCCAGUGAAGGGUGUGUUUGGAACAUUCAUUAAAUGAUUCUAAGCAUCUUG